UACAUUUCAGAAAGAUGUCAGCCAAACAUUCAGCUGACAGCUAUCUCUCCCAAUGACAGACUCCUCUGGUAAUGACAUCACCCUGAGAAGAAUAGGAUUGGCAUGGUGAAAUCCAACGUGCUUCACCCUUCACUCCCCCAGCAUAUAUUGUUAUAUGAGAGUCGAGUGGCCACCACAUACAUUAGAUGGUGGGCAAAUUCCAUCAUCUGAGCCUGCCAAUUUUGAUGGGACUGACAUUUUAUGUGAAUUUGAUAACUCUACCUUGACAGAUGAUGUCUGGACAAAGAAGUACUGGGCAUGUUGAAUUAUAAUGCCCCUUGUUUCAUCUUGUUCUCAGGGAGAUAACCCCCUGUCAGAGGUGUCUGGUAGCUACUGUCUCCCCUCUCCUGAGGGCAAACGCACAUUCAGACAAACAAAGCAUGCAUGUGUAUUAAGAGGAUGGGAGGAAUAGAUGAAUAAGUGUUUGACUCUUUCUGAAAGUAUAUGACCACCUUUGGACCUUUAUCUGUCAGACAUGGACAACAUUUUCUGUUUUGCAAUGGGAAAAGAGCAUAUUCAGAACUUAUGGACACUUUCCAUCAUUUUGGAAAUCUACUUGCGAUGUUUUGAGUGUUUUUUUAAUCCCUGUCCUAACAUGGCCUGCAGUAUUAGGUUAUGUUUUCAACGUCAAACAGGGAUUCCCUGCCACUUUUGAGAUAAAAACAAGCUUCAUUUUCUCUCCAUAUAGAAAAGACAAACGGUCUCUCUUUUUCCUAAAAGAUAUUUUAAUGACAGACAAAAUAUAGGUAGCAAAAGGCAUAUACUAGGGCGGGGACUUAUACAAAAAUCCCACCUACUUACCCUGACACAUAAAUAUAACUGAGAUGAUGAAUCAUGACACAAGCCUAUGCAGAAGCAUCACCAUGGAGUUUCAGCCUUGGAAAGACUACUUUCAGCUGGCCUCAUUGGUCCAAAAGAUGGCACGCAUGAAUGCCGCCGCAGAAGAGCCUGACACAUCUUCCCUGAGAUAUUCUGCUGAGUCUACAGAAAGCCAGGCUAAAGGAGAUGACCCCAUCUACUCCGACUGCCCAACCUACCUGACCCCUUCUGAGUACGAACAUUCAGUCAGCUCUAAGCCACAUGACCCCUAUUAUGAAGCUGGACUUUACUCAUCUCACAACCUGAACUCUAACAAGCAUCUUGCUUAUUAUCAAUAUCAACCAAUGAUUGACAACAACUUUGAGACUGAACCAGAUGCCCUCCAAUACAAGUCCUCUCAAGUCCAUCCCACUUCAUUGGUGACGAAACGUGAAGCCCGAUCCCGGAAUGCUAUGUGUCAUUUCUGCAAACACAAUGGAGAGUCACGCCAUGUUUACACUGGCCAUAACCUGAAGAAUGAGCAGGGGAAAGUCAUCUGCCCCAUUCUUAGAAUGUACACUUGUUCACUGUGUGGGGCAACUGGAGAGUCAGCUCACACUAAGAAAUACUGCCCCAUGAACAAGAACAACGAUAAUCUCUACAGAAAGGCUGAACGUACCUCUGCUGGCCAUGGGCUGAAACACUAAGCUGGACCAGCAAUGCCUGCUUUUGACUGUUUCUUUGUCUGUGGGGCC